UAAACUCCAAAAGGCCUAGCAACAUCCUUACAAUUAGCCGUAUAUCGGUGACAAGUCGGUUGAUCUUACAGAUAGUAGAUAAUAGUAAAAUAAAUAUUAUGGAACAUAGCAUCCCCAACCCCACUAUGUUUUACGCUGCCUUGCAAUAAGCCUCCUUGAAGCCUCCCGAGGGGGGCGUUGACUUUAGACUUCGCCAGCCUCGGCUCUCGCCUCUCGCCUGCCCAUCACUCACUUAAAACCGCUGUAUACUCUUUGCUAAGGCCCUCAGCCCUCAACAACAAGGCACAGGUCCUUACUGAGACAGCUGAAAAUUGUGAUUGCAAUUUUUUUGCAAUGAUAGGUGGUCAGUUACGGCCGCUGGCAGCGCGGGCCUUGGCCUGCGCUGUACGAAAUCGUGUGCUCAGUGGGACACCUGCGCCUGCCAAUGAAGAGGAAGCAGAGCGGUCACCAAAACCAAACCAGCGGCCACGGAGCAGCCGUAUGGUUGCCGCCGCCUUUGCCAAACUGGAGCCCAACAUUGAGGAAAAGAUUUCCUCUGCCGGCAGGUCUGUGGAAAAUCUUCUGGUCGCUGCCGCUGACUCGGGGGUGCAACGAGAGCAUGCCUUGAAGAUUGUGGCCGCCUUGGCCGAGAGAGCGGCCGCCGAGGGGCCAGCGGCUGCGGCUAAGUUUGAGACAGAUCCUCGAUUUGUGCGACUGUGUCGAAUACUUGGUCAGCAAAGCAACAAGCAAUUGGCUUCUAAGCAUGAUUUGGCCACUGUUCUUGGCGUGGCCGCCGAUGAUGAAGCGGCAAAAAUGGCCCAGUCGCUCACAACAGAGCAAACUAUAAAAGUGAUGUCAUCCUUAGCGUCUAAGAAAAGAAGAACAGUACCCUUAUUAAAGGCACUUUCUGAAAACCUAUGUCGAAACCAGCAAAACCUUUCUGUAAAACAGGCUUCAGACUUGCUGUACACUUUAGCAGUUUUAAAUUUUCCAGAUGAGGGGCUUUUGGAUAAAAUUCAGCAAGGUUUGCAAGAAAACUUGGCAGGCAAUAAGCACCCCGCACCUGUUGGCUCUGCAUUGACCAGCUUAGGUAUUUUGCGAUACAGAGAUGCAGCUCUUUUGGACGUUUUUUCUGAGUGGAUUGUUCAACACAGUGAGCAGUGCCGCCCGCAAGACCUUGUCUCAUUUUUACUCACUUUAGCAAACACUGGAUAUGAACCUUCAAAUUUUGAAGCUGCACUUAAAGUGGUUCUGGGGCGUCUCUCCUCUCCGAAAGAAUUACCAUCAGCACUAGCAUGGCUGGAAACAGUUUGGGCCCUCACUGUAUUAGGACGUCUUGAAGCUUCACAAGCUGCAUCUGUUCUUGAGGCUGGUUUUCUCGGGCAGCUCAGAUCAACUUCUGCUUUUGGACCAUCAGCAUACUUAAAAUUGUUGAACAUUGAUGCCUCAGCUGAACUGGAAUUGAAAGACUAUAAAGGUCAAAGACUUCAAAAGUUGGAGAUUGAGAAUAUACUGCAGAGGUCGAGGAGCAAAGAAACUUUAAUCAAAAACGUCGUCGAUGCUCUUCAGAAUUUAUUCCCCAACCAAGGAUUCCUUAAUUUACAAUAUAACUCUGGUAUGGGUUUCAUGGUUGACGCAGAGUGCCAAGUGGAUGCCAAAGGCAACCCCCUCCCUUUGGAUAAGCCACCCCCAGCAAAGACCAAAAUGGCAAAAAUUGCAGUGCUGGUCUGGGAGUAUAAUGAUCUUUGUCGAAGAGUGAGUGAACCCACAGGUCCCAACAAGUUGGCUGUAAGACUUCUGCAGGCACAAGGCAUUAAAGUGCUCCAGGUGCCGCACAUGGAAUUUAAUCCAAUUGAAAAACUUGUUCAGCGGGUGCAAUAUCUUGAAAGGAAAUUGAAGGCAUUAGCCAAGGAGAGAAAGAAAUGACAAAAGAUAAAAAAGUAUUUUUAAUCUUGGCUGUUCUUAUCUAGAUGCUAAAAUAGUAAUGCCCCGUAAUUGGUGUUAAUAGGUGAUAAACAAUGCAAUUAAAUUUCAUGCAGUUACAUUUGUUAUUAAUUGGAUGUAAAGUUCCAAUUAAGCCAUUUAUUUAUGUAAACAUAAAUCAAUAAAUGGUAUCACAUA